ACCAAGCGAAAGGGAUACCGAGCUGGACGGUUGAUGGCUUCUUAAGCAGUUUAUGUUUACGCGCGGUGCAGUUCGGAUUGGUCUCGACGUUCGCGUUCGGUGACUUGGUCGUUUCAGUGAUUUUGGAGUAAUUUAUUCUCGAUUUUGAAUAUAUAGGAGCCGAAUAUUUAAGAGUAAAAACACAAAAUCAAAUAAAAUAGCAAAUAUUACAAUUAGGAGCGAAAACAAACAAAUCUUCGUGAAAGAUGUGAUGUGUUAUCAUAAUUAAAAUAAACCACAACCGUGAACAAUGAACAUCUAUUGCAAUACAACAAUAACUCGUAAGGCUACCAUGGAUGCUUGUUUAAUAACAUCGUUGAUCGUUUUAAUUGGAAUAUCAAGGUGUUAUGCGCUGCUUGAUGUGUCCGGCAUUGAUCCAAAAUUUAGUGCACCGAUUGCGAACGUAACCGUACCGGUGGGACGCGAAGGAGUGAUGACGUGCACGGUGCAUGAUUUGUACAAAUAUAAGGUUGCUUGGUUGCGGGUUGAUACCCAAACGAUAUUGACGAUUGAAACGCUGGUAAUAACGAAGAGCGAGCGAAUAGCGAUCACACACACCGAACAGCGAAUCUGGCAACUGCGGAUCAAAGACAUUCGGGAGUCGGACAAGGGCUGGUACAUGUGCCAGAUCAAUACGGAUCCCAUGAAAAGCCAAAUGGGUUACCUUGACGUUGUAGUCCCGCCCGACAUUCUCGACUAUCCCACCAGCCAGGAUAUGGUGGUGCUGGAGGGUACCAACGUAACGCUCACCUGUGCCGCAACGGGCGUCCCCGAGCCAACCGUCAACUGGAAGCGGGAGGGCGACAAGUCGAUCACAUCCGUGGAGGAUUCCGGAAUAACGAGCCACGACGGAGCGAUGCUGCACAUCUACCACAUCCAGCGGCAUAACGCCGGCUCCUAUCACUGCAUCGCAUCAAACGGUGUGCCCCCGACGGUCAGCAAACGAAUUAUCGUAACAGUCAACUUCCAACCGAUUGUGCGGCUGCCGACGCGCCAGUACUACGCCGAGCUGGGCGGCCGGGUUACCCUCGAGUGCCACAGCGAAGCCCAGCCGAACUCCAUCAACUACUGGAUGAAGGGCAAGGGCGAAAUCAUACUGCAGGGCGGCACGUACGACUCGACGCUCGAGGAUCACGUCUUCAAGGUGACGAUGCGCAUCACCAUCCGGCUGGAGAAGGCGUCCGACUACGGUGUGUACAAAUGUGUGGCCAAAAAUUCCCUCGGCACUACGGAGGAGUCGGUGCGAGUGUACCGUAAAACAUCCAAAACGAAACAGGUGGAAAACCAGGUCAUUCAACAGUCGAACUAUCUGGGGUCAACGACGUUUCUCAAGAACUACACCGAUAACAAAAUUAACGAAAUUCUACUGACCGCUUCGGCUGCUUCUUCGUCCUGUGGAGCACACGGUCCCGUCGGUUGGUUGGUGGUGGGCAUCGCUUUAGUCACCGUUAAGACGUUAUGAUAAGGAACGCAUCUAUCUCCUUACCACUCUUUCCCCUUUUCCCUCUCCCCUUCUUUUCUCAACAACGCCAGGGAACCUAACAAAUGUUAUACGAAGUAUGAAUUACAUGUGCAUAUAGCGAUGUUACUAUGUUAGCAGCAAGUGUAUAACUCCUGCCACCUAAGCAAAUGUAAAUUAAUCUCCCGUUGUACGAGCAGCAAUAAAUGGCAGCAAAA